CACUCGUACGUGAUUCGACCGACGCCGCGACCACUUGGUGACCAUAUUCUGUCCAUGUCCUUUCCCUUGUGUCUUCUUCGAACCCGAAGCUGCCAGUUCAGUCACGGUCUGUCUGUCUCUGUCACGGCGGUCGAACCUUGCUUCUGAGAGAAACUUCAUCAACUGUCCAGCUCGGCCGCGAGCGCCGCCCAUCGCCGAAAUGCCUGCGCCAAUGGACACGAGCUAUCUAACUACCCAGGUCACGACGAUUAUAGGCCAAUUGCAUACCAUCUUCGACGAGAUUGGCGUGCCGCGCAAUGAACGAGAAUCCCGAGAGACAGAGCUGUUUGCAGCGUUGUCCGAGACUUUGCAUAACCAGCUACGCCUGGUAAACAAUGAGAAAACCGAAAUGACCGAAGAAGCGCAAAACAUCAUCAAGACCAUUAAACAAAUGGAAGCAUCGCUGGACGAUGAAAAGGACAGAGGCUAUGACCUAGACACUACCGGCUUGCGCGUCACAUACCCGCUCAUCGAUUGUCUACGCGACCUCAAGGAGAAAUACAACGUCGUUAGCAGAUUACACCGCGAACGUUUCGAGCAAGUCAAGAAACUCGUGCAGGCUCUCGAGUCCUACUCUUCACAUCUCGAGUCGUCCUUCGUCAAAAUCCGGUUACCGCCGACAUCCUCCACCACCUGCCCACCAAACUUUGACCUUUCUCCAUCAUAUGUCGCAACCCUCGACGAUGAGUUCUCUAGAGUCUAUGACGAAUACAACAGACGAGUCGUCGUCGUCCAACAAACUGCAGAAGAAAUCGUGAGACUGUGGUCAGAAUUGGGGAUCCCACAAGCACAGACGGACUCGAUGAUUGUACAGAAUUAUCGCGACUCUCCAGAACAAUUAGGUCUUCAUCAAGCUGACAUGGAUCGUCUCCGAAGUCGGCGUGACAAGUUGCUUGAUGAAAAAAAGAGUCGCGAAAAGAGGUUGGCGGACCUGAAGAAGAACAUUGAGACGCUGUGGGACCGGCUCGGGAUAGAAGAGGCGGACAGAAAAGCGUUUCUGGCUGCUAACCGCGGCUGUGGCUUACGAACCAUCAACGAGUUCGAAGACGAACUGGCGCGACUGAAUGAGCUAAAGAGACAGAAUCUUCAUCUGUUUGUUGAGGACGCGCGGGUCAGGCUUCAAGAGCUUUGGGACGCUCUGUACUUUUCGGAGGAGGAGAUGCUCGAUUUCACCCCAGCCUUUUCGGACGUGUACAGCGACGCUCUGCUGUCCGCUCACGAGGCGGAAAUCGAGAGAUUAACGACUCUCAAAGAACAGCGAGCCCCGACAUUAGCAGCCGUCGAGAAGUACAGAUCUCUAAUUGCCGACCGUGAUGCCUUGGCGGCGUCUGCCAGCGACGCGUCCAGAUUGCUGCUCAAGCCGCAAAAGGGAGAGAAGCGCGAUCCUGGUAAACUACUCAGAGAAGAGAAGAUGAGAAAACGGAUAGCCAAAGAACUGCCAAAAGUCACUGCGGAGUUGAAGAAGGUGUUGCAAAAGUACGAGGAUGAAUAUGGUCGACCAUUUUUGGUGCACGGUGAAAGAUUUCUCGACGAGCUCGAAGAAGCCGAAGUCAAAGCACCUCCAGCACGAUCCAAGACGCCGAAUGGCCUACCGCCGAGAUCAAAGACUCCUGCGCAGUCUGCCAAACCGGCAGUUAGCGCCUCAAAGCCCGCUUCAUCUGCUCGACCGCAAAGCGUGAUGAGAGCAGCUCCGCCUCGGUCAACCACGAAGACACCCACAGCCACGGCUGGGACGAGCAGACAACAACACGGAGCAUCUGUUUCGACGGCCGCGGCGUCACAUCCCCAGACAAGGUCUCCUUCCAAGAUACCGGCUCGCGUGCCAUUGGGUAAUUUGAAACAUGGUAGCAAUUCGCCUGAACGACGUCCUGCCCAGCAUCAAGCAUCGUCAUCGCGCAACAACAUUCCCCAGGAACCGGUGCAGCAAAACUUCUCGCAAAGUGUUAGAACAAUGGGACCCCCUCGGGCCCCUCCGCCCAAGAUGAGAGAUCUUUUUGUUGCCCCUGAGUCGAGUCAAGGUACUGGGACAAUGAUGACGGGUUCUUCUUCUUCUCAAUCGCAGCAUCCUGCAGUACCACCUUCUUCCACCCGACCCACCAGCACCAUAUCCUCGGGAUCGAACGAGAGCGGUCGCUAUGUCCGGCCUAUAAGUCCUGAAGACGUGUAUGACGAUCGAGAAAGAAUGUCAUACAUGUCGGCAUCUUUGAUAAAUCGUGACAGACAGCAGCAGCAACAACAAUAUCACCAGCCCGACUCUUACUUUUCGCAUCCACCCUCUCAAACGAGCGGAUCAAUACGCAAUGGUUUUGAUCGUAGCACAACCACUCGUCCUCCUCAUCCUUCAGCACCACCUUCAGCAGCCAUGUCUGUCACGUCUAGACAGACGUCGAACACGUCAUCAAAUCUGACCACUGGCACGACAGCCAGCGGGAGCGAAAACUGGGAAACCUAUUCGGACGGUUCGGAAAUGGAACCUGAACGAGACGUCCGCAAUACUUACUAUUCCAAAAUGCAAGCCAGCGCCGGUGCAGGUGGGACGACGACGAAUGCGCUGGGGAUGGGCACUGGCUUGAAUGGCAACUUGAAGAGACCCAUGACAGCAGGUAAAGAUGCGUUGGGAACCUCUUCUGCUGCUGGACAUACACAUGGACAUACACAUGGCCAUGGACAAAUGGGACCUCCGCCUGCUAAGAUCAGAGUGAAUGCUCAUUCGCAUAGCCAGAGCCAGCAUCACGCCGAGGACAACGAGCGACACCAUCACCACCACCCUCAAUUGCAUCACCAUCAGAAACAACAGCUCCAUGCAGCUGCAGCACAUUACCACGGCCCGCCGUCUCAGUAUGAGCGGUUUCGAGAGAUGUCGGAUGAGAACGUUGACACCAGUGUUGGUGUUGGUGUUGGUGCUGGCACAAGCGUCCGAGUUGAAGGCAGCGAUGCGGCUUGGAGCACGGAGCUGGAAGAGACAUAUUGAUUGUCGAACUUACUACUUACUGUACCCACUCCACUGGCGGUUUCUCUGGCUCAAAAAGGGCGGGUGGUGUCUCUGACGUCUCUCUCGGAGCCUUGUAGACUCGAUCCGCUUGCUUCGAUAACUAUCAGGUCCGUUGGUUGAUAUUGUAUGCUUUUUGAGGCUGUUUGUGUUCUUGCUUGUCUGGGUGGCGCGGCUUGGAUUCGGGUUGUCUUCUACAGGUCACUACGUGGACUUGCCUGCAGUGUUCGGGCUCUGUAUUCAUUUGCAAUGCAAGGCGAAAAAAAGGAAGGGUGACGGACCGGGACGGUGUUGACUUUGACAGUAAAGAGCAGAGCAGAGAUGACUUGUUUUCUUUUUUUGGGCUUUCUGUCUUCGAAAGACUCGAGGUACUACUGUACUACCAGUACUGUACUGUACUUUAGGUACCUUACUUGGAACGUGAUAACGACUACUACUACUACUUACUUACUUAGUUUAUUGCCCUUUUUCUGCAACUCAACUUUUAUUCGAUUCGUUCAUUCGGUGGUCUGUGAUAUUGCUUUAGCUUUUGUGUAAACCUCAGACGCCGAGCUUGCUAAUUCUGACGCCCAUGCCGAUGCCGACAGCUGCAACUGUACAUAUGUAUACCGAAUUUGACAUGUCCAUUUUUGCGAUUUUUCGACCAGGCAGUCCCAAAUCGCCAAACAAACAGGAGACCACAAAGGGCCCAAGUACAACCAAUGCGGUGCCCUUGAUUUCCUCCCAAAACCGCUUUUCGACAUCGAACCCAAACAUUUCAACAGCACGAACCGGGUCCAUCCAGCAUCGUACCCAGGUUCCAUUGCUGUCGCGAGUGGGCCCACCAGACCCAAUUACCUGCGCCGAAAAGUCACGGGUCUGCUCGCCAAAGAUGGUGGCCGGGUUGAACUUGGGGAAAUUGGCAUGGAUGAAGAAGGGCUUGACGGCUUGAUUAUUGCCUGUACUUUUGGUGACUGUCUUCUGAUGAUGCUCGUUCCAUCUGUCCUGGGCAAUAGCAUAAUCGGGUCUAGGGUCGUGUUGGGCCAUGGCACUUCCGAUGAAAUUGCCCGAGGAGUCAAUCCGACCCAGAGCCUUGACAGGUUCAAAGACGGGAUAGAAGGGUUCGUUGACAGCCGUGGCAGCCCAGGCAAAGGUCUCCUUGUCUCCCUCGCCAGGAGCGCCCUGGGAAAGCAAGGGGUAAUAAUAAUUGGGACCAUAGAAAUUGUAAUAAGUUGCCAACAUCAGUCCCAGACUGUGCUUGGACUUUGAAAACAUCAGCUCG